CACCCACUCCUUCAUCUUUCCUUCAAACAUAAACCUUCAAUGCCCUCAAAACAAAACCAAAAAAAACAUAUAUUUAUAACACAAAAACUGCUUCAUGUUUCUUUACCUUCUCGACAAUUCUUUAUAAUCAAGAUGAUGAAUAUCGCCGGCGGUGGGAAGUGGCGGAGAGAGGCGGAGCAGCUGGUGGUUAAGCCUUUCCGGCUAGUGACAACAACUCUCCUCAGCCUUCUCCUUCCUCUCUCUUUCCUUCUCCUUAGUCGUCUCUCUUCUGCUUCUUUCCUCUUCUCCUUGAUCAAAUCUCAGCCGCACACAGAGUCAUCUUUCUUCUAUUCUCUCUUCCUUGGCGCGAAUCCGGCGAUCGUAUACGUCGUCGUUUCAUCAAUAAGCGUUUACACUCUAGUUCUUGGCCUAACCACCAAGAUCACAGCUGCAGACCCCAAACGUUCGAUUGCUUUUUAUCCACACGUCAGCAUCGCGUGGGUGACACUCUUCCUUGUUCAAGUCUCCGUCGGUUUAGGACUCCAAACAACGAUCUCCAACGGUUUAAUCAUCGGAAGCGAACGCAAUUUCUUGAGCAGGCUUGUGUUUUUCUUUGGUCUUCACGAGGUGAUGCUUCUGUGGUGCCGAGUGAUCGUGAGACCUGUGGUGGAUAACACGUUGUUAGGAGGGGAAGACGGUCAACGGAGAGAAGAGACGUUGGUGGAGAGGGUGGCUUUGGCCGUUAGCUGUGGGACGUUGUGGUGGUGGAAGCUUCGAGAUGAAGUAGAGGCUUUGGUUGGUGUGGCAGAGGCUAAAAGAGCAUUGUUGUUGUUGUUAUUGCCCAUCGAUGGUAACGUUAACGUUAGUUUUGACGUGGGAACGUUGGAUUUUGUGAACUGGUGGUUAUAUUAUAUGGUUGUGACGAUUGGUAUGGUUAGGAUCGUCAAAGGGUCUUUGUGGUUUGGGAUGGUUUUGCUUUUCGAACAAGGUAGAAGAAGAAAUCCACGUGCAAGUCCUACUACUUCCAAUGUUGUUGUUGAUGAUGAUGAAGGUGACAAUAAAGUGUAAUUAACACAUUGUUUUGAAAGUUUUAUUAUGCAAAGUUUGUAUUAAACGUACUAUAGUCUAUAUAUGCGUUUUUAUAGAUCUCUCUACCAAAAUUGAGGAUUCCAACUAAUCUAUAUACCAAAUUCAUAAUU